CCAAGUGAUUAAGUACAGAGUUCGAUAUUAGUUAACGAAGAAGCUAUUUCUUAUUAUACUUUUCUUUGGCUAUCCACUUUAACAUCGCUUCUAUUGCAAAUUUGAUAUGGCAAUGUAAUGGUUGACAAUGCAAAAUGAGUAGGGACUAUUCAUGAUUGAACUCAGAAGAACUCAUGGCAUGAGGUUUGUCUAGUGCGAUUUGCCUCUCCACUAUAUUAUACUUGAGUGGAGUUUAUGCCAAGGGUAUAAUAGUGGCGCUUUGUGGUAGAAUUCCUUGAAUUUCAAUAUGUAGGCAUAAAACGGAUUAUAUAAACUUAAACAAUCUUAUACAUAAACAAUCCUAUCCAUAAUCCUUUGUAUUAUUCAGGAACGUUGAACUUAAUAAUUUUCACAUACACAUAAUAAUAGUAAUUCAAUAAAGAAUUACUUAGAAUUGUUUCUCUCUCUUUACCUUACUUUCACAAUAAUUGUGAUGGAGCUUAUUAUUUUUUGGCAGAGAGAGGACCCAUAGUCAGUUCUGUUUUCACGUUCCAUCAACGUGAUUGGUGGAUACAAUCAUUAUACUACUAGGAGUCAGUAAUUAUCCUAGGUAACUUUCCAUAUGGAUUGAGGAUUUAACUUAUUCAAUUAUUAUUAAACCAAUAAAUAAAUUAAUUAUGUGGGGCAUAGAAAUUUACACAAAAGAAAAAACAGGAAGAUAAUAUUUUUUUGAGGAAGAAGAAGAAGGGAAGUAAGCUUUUAGAGUACAGAAUUUUGAUUACUGAGCCCGGAGGUGUAUAAGACAUAAACUUAAUAGUAGUAAUACCUUAGACUAUAGGCAGAUCGAAAAAUUAAAUUAAACGAGUUCAGCUCUUAAGAUUCUUAAUGCUCAAGUCGCUGUAACAUUAAAAUUAUGGAUUCAAAUUUAAUAUUAUUGAGAUUUGAGAAGGUUUUACAUAGACCGAAAUGGUGCCAAACUUGCUGGUUUAAAGCAAUUUUAGAAGCUCAAUUUCUAGAUUGAACUCUUGAUGAAUUGUUUUUCAUGUUAAAGUCGCUUUUUGUUCAAUCUCAUCGGAUUCAUAUUUUUUGCCGCACUAUAAAAUGAAAUAAGUUGUAUAGGGAAAAUGAGAUUGCAACGCGUUUUCCCCCCUAAAUUUAGGUUUGCAAACUUAUUGUUGAGGCUUUAUCGCGACUCAAGAGAAAAAUUUAACCAUCUUAGCUUCUUGUUGCAGGGAAAUUUUUGCUUUUGGAUUGUUUCCGUCUCCAAUGUGUCUUAAGCUUUUCAUACUUCCAUUCUUGAACUGCUUGAUCUGUGGCCUGGUAGGCUGUUUUCAACUUGCCUUGCCUGCGUUGUACAUUUUGUAAUGUAUGCAUACAGAGGAAGAGAAAAGGGUUAAUAAUAAUCUUCUGUUGUAGUAAUAUUUAAAGCAGUUGUGCACUUGUUCAUAGCGUAACCUUUUAAUCUGCGUGCCCAUAAAUAUUGCUCGUAGUUCAGGAUGCUCGGAUGGAUACUCACAGUCUUUGGCCUAUUUGCAGUUAUCGUACUUGUGAGCUUGCUUAUACUUAAUCUUUGUGCUUCCCUCACAUCAAUGUUUGCCUCCCCGGCCAGUACUGUUUGUCAUUGCAUGUCUGACCGACCAGGAGUGUACUCGAAUCCUUACCUUAUAUUCUCUCGCCUGACUCACAAAGCGUUUCUACUUGAAUUUCGGGUACCAAAGGGCAUAGGAACAGUUUUAGGAGCUGUACAAUUGCAAUUAUAUGCAUCUUACUUGAAUUCCUCUAAGAGACUCUACUGAAGGCUUUAAUUUAUAGUGUCUUAUUCAUGACGUAAAAUUAAAGAAAGUAGUAUCUUAUGCGCGAAAAAACACCUAGGAGAAAAGGUGAAUGCUCUACAUCUUUAGCAUUUGAUUCAUCAAGAAGAAUCUUAGUACUAAUGGUCUUUA